CCUCGGGUUAGCGGGGCCUGGAAGCGGCCGGAGUCGGGACCAUGGACGUGGACAAGGUCGCGUUGUGCGGGUCCCUGCUGACCUGGUUGCAGACGUUCAAUGUGCCAACUCCCAGAACUACCCACCAGGACCUGAGUAGUGGGGUCACGAUCGCCCAUGUUUUGCACCAGAUAGACCCCUCCUGGUUCAAUGAGGCCUGGCUCCUGCGGAUCAAGGAUGAUACCAGCGACAACUGGCGGCUGAAGGUGAGCAACUUGAAGAAAGUGCUGCAGAGUGUGGUGGAGUAUUCCCAGGAUAUCCUGGGGCACCAGGUGUGUGAUCAGCAUCUUCCAGAUGUGAAUCUCAUUGGCGAGUUUUCGGAUGCUGCCGAGCUGGGGAAGCUGCUGCAACUGGUGUUAGGCUGUGCCAUCAGCUGUGAAAAGAAGCAAGAGCACAUUCAGAGGAUCAUGACCUUGGAGGAAUCUGUGCAGCAUGUAGUGAUGACAGCAAUUCAGGAGCUCAUGAUGAAGGACAGCACAGACCCCCUGACUGCUGAGACCUAUGGCAACUUUGAUAGUCAGUCCCGCAGAUAUUAUUUUCUAAGUGAGGAGCUCGGGGAGACAGACGAUGUACGGCAGCGUUGCCAUGACCUGGAGCAACAGUUGUCCCUGCUGACUGAGGAGAAACAGAGCCUGGCCCAGGAGAAUAGGGCCCUCCGGGAGCAGAGAAAUCACCUGGAUGGGCCUGAGGCUGCAGGUGUCACCACUAAGCUGCUGCUGCUGCAGUCUCAGCUGGAGCAGCUGCAGGAAGAGAACUUCAGGCUGGAGAGCGGGAAAGAGGACGAUCGUCUCCGCUGCGAGGAACUGGAACGUGAGGUGGUUGACCUGCAGCAGCGGAACCAUCAGCUGAUGAGUCUGGCUCAGGAGGCUCAGGCCCUCAAGGACGAGAUGGAUGUACUCCGGCAUUCGUCGGACAAGGUGGGGCGACUGGAGGCGACCCUGAGCUCGGCCCGCCGCCGGUUGGAGGAGCUGGGUGAGCUGAGGCGGCAGGUGCGGCUGCUGGAGGAGAGGAACACGGGCCAUCUACAGCGCACCUGUGAGCUGGAGGAGGAGCUACGCCGGACGGGCCUCUUGCGGUCCCAGCUGGAGACUCACAAGAGACAGGUGCAGGAGUUGGCCGGGCGGCACAGGGAAGAGGCUAUGAAGGCUGAGAAGUGGCAGUUUGAGUGUCGGACCCUGGAGGAGAAGUAUGAGGCGGUUACCAAGGAAAAGGAGCGGCUCAUUGCUGAGCGGGACUCCCUGCGUGAGGCCAAUGAGGAGCUGCGCUGUGCCCAGGUGCAGCAGAAGUGCCUGAGCCAGGCGGAUUCCUUGCUGGAGCGAACAUCUUCGUCCAUGGACAACCUGGCUGCAGAGAUCCUGCCUGCUGAGCUCAAGGAAACAAUCAUGAGGCUGCAGUUGGAGAAUAAACGGCUAUGCGUGCAGGAGGCCGCCGACCGUGAGCGGCAAGAAGAGCUGCAGGCGCAGCUAGAGGAGGCAAAUCGGGCAAAGCACGGACUGGAGACCCAGCACAGGCUGAACCAGCAGCAGAUGGCAGAGCUGCGGGCACAGGUGGAGGAGCUGCAGAAAGCACUGCAAGAUCAGGGCAGCAAGGCGGAAGAUGCCAUUUCCUCCCUCCUGAAGCGGAAGCUGGAGGAGCAUCUGGAGAAGCUGCAUGAAGCGCAUUCAGAGCUGCAGAGAAAGCGGGAAUACAUUGAGGAUCUGGAGCCCCGGGUGGAUAACAGCAUGGUCAAGAAGAUUGGAGAGCUGCAGCAGAGUCUGCAGCAGAAGGAUGAAGACUUACGAGCCAUGGAAGAGCGAUACCGGCGUUAUGUGGAAAGGUCGCAGACAGUCUUCCAGACCUUGGAACCCCGCCAGCACCCAGUCAAGGUGCCACUGGAGAUCCAGGCACUCAAGACCCAAUUGCAGGAGAAGGACAUCAAGAUCCACCAUUUGGAAACUGACUUUGAGAAGAGCAAGUCUCAGCGGGAACAGGAGGAGAAGCUCAUCAUCAGUGCCUGGUACAACAUGGGGAUGGCGCUGCAGCAGCGGGCCACAGAAGAACGUGCCCCCGGCCCCCCCCACGCCCAGUCUUUCCUGGCCCAGCAACGGCUUGCUACAAAUGCCCGCCGGGGGCCCCUUGCCCGAACCCAUCCUCUGCUCCUCCGGCUUGGCGAGAAGCACUGAGGCCCCCGGCUAACCCUUCCUGGCGCCUGUAAGAUUCCUUACAGGCAGCAAAGGGUGAACUGAGCAGAGCCCACUCCCCAGGUAGCUGCACCCUAACUAAGGUGGAGUGGGCUCAGUAGGGGAAGUUCAGGGAUUCCACUGGGUUUUUUAAUGGAAGGGCGGUCCCCGCUCUGGGAACUGGUUGCCUGGGCCCUCCCAAACUCGGUCUGGGCCUCCUGUUCUUUUUAAAGAUGGGGUUGGAAGGGUUUGAAAACUUCUGCCCCCCAAUCUAGUACACUACAAAUAAAAUAAGUGAAACCGUC